CACGUUCUCCAGCUGAUUCUUCACGGUGAUUUGAUCUCUAGGGCUCUCAGUAGAGAUUAAGGUGACUUUUUGGUGACUUUCAGGUGAACUAGAGCUGCUGAGCAGGAGCUGCUGUAAAAUAGUGCACGUCUGAUCCAGAGGACGCUCCCUUCGUCGGCUGAGAAUGAUGGCUGCAAAAGUGAUGCCUGCGGACCUCAGCUUGCAUAUGGGAAUGAGUCGCCGCCAUGCUGUUCGCCAGCGUUUGGAACUGCCCUCAGAUGUCCUGAGGUAUCACCACACCCUCCCAAGGAUAAGCAUCGCAUCAACUCAUCCAGCCAGAUCAUCCACACCUCCUCCUCUUCUUCCACCACCUUCAUCCCCCAUCAGUCCACUGAGCACCCCCAGCAGUGUCAGGACUCUGAAGAGGAAGAAACAUGUCGUAUUUGCUGACGACAAAGGACUCGCUCUGACAGCUGUCCGAAUUUUUAUCGUAGACCGUCCUGAGUCUCCUACAGACGAUUCUUCAGUUCCUCAGCCUGAGAAGAUUAAAGAUCAGGUACCCGUCCAGCCGAGGACACUACGGCUUCGGCUCGGGUUUCCUCAACCUUCUGCGGACCUCACGUCUUUCCUCAGAGGCCUGGCAGAUUCGUUUGUCCGAUUGGAAAGCUGCAGCCUGGUCGACGGAUCAAUGACUGGAACGGUGAGGGUUUGCAACAUCAGCCAAGAGAAGACGGUUCACAUCCGCAUCACGUUCGACGCCUGGAGAAGCCACCAGGACAUCCCAUGCUCCUACAUUCCACAGCAGCCCAACUCCGCCACUCAACUCUUCGUCUUCAACAUGCCUUUUCCCUCCGAUCUGAACCUUCAGAACCAGGUGGAGUUUGGCGUGCUGUUCCGUCCCCAAUCUGGCAGCACACUUCUGUGGGACAACAAUGGAGGACAGAACUAUCAAAUCCUUGUCGAGGCCGUGGACCCUGUGGAAGAUGCUUUAGUUGCUCCAGUUACUCCAGUUGUUCAGAACAGACUCUUCAAGAUGCAAAGCCUUAGGUGGCCCCAAGCUUGGCCCAAAAGGAAGAGCCAAGCUUUGGACUUCUCAACAUGCCAUAGCCCAGUAAACAUUCCAGAGAAUAUGAUCAACAAACCAUUGAGUAGGCAAGAGAUUGUUACGCCCCUGUGUUAAGAAGAAAAAAGAGUAGGCUAGUUCCUUGUGCUUCAAUCCAACUGGUAACAUGAAGGACAAUGGGCCUGCUGCUGCCCAGAUUCAUAACUUGAAUUCAUGAACAAGACGCAGUUUACAGUGCAUUACAGGUUGUAUUGCAUCAAUGGGAUCUCCAAACCAACAGACAAACCAUGCCAAGCAAAGACUCGUCGAACUGGUUUGCUUCUAUAAGCAUACGAUGCAUCAUCGCCUCUUCAUUCAAUAGACUAAAUAAAUCAGGACACACGCCUCUACUUCAUUUAAAAGGACACUGAUUCGUUCUAAGAACAUUCAGACGGCCAAACCCUGUAAAAACAGGUUAAGAAACACAUUUGAGUCCUUCAAAAAAGUCCUUUCAAUUGAUGGUACUGUACUAUAGAACUAUACAUGUAUAUAUCCAAGCCAGGAACCUGUUAGAAAACUGUAAGAUCCAGGUCGUUCUGAUGUUUAAUUGUUCUGUUCUUCGAUGCGCUUAAAGCCUCAGCAUACUUCCUGCAAAGUGUCACACAAAGCCAAAAGUGCCUUUGUGAUUUUACGAGCUUGCAUACUUUUCACAGUUUUUUUUUUGUUUGUUUUGCGUAUGCUUCACAACAUUGUGCAGUCGAUGACAUUUUGGUUUUUUUGUCUGGUUUUGGCAUAUUUAGAUUGUAUACAGAUUGAUUUUUGAUAGUCUGGAUAUCUCAGACAUAAAAUUUAGUAAAGGUGUCUUUGCGUCACUAACAAUGCAAAUGCAUCAAAUCUCUAGUAAAAAGUCAAAGAAGAGCACAAUGCAGAUAUGCUGUGUUUGUGAUGUUCAGAUCCCAACUGAUCACUUUUAAAUAACAAAAAAUGAACAGUCACCUCAACAGAUCUCAACAGAUUUUAUGACAUGCAUAUAGAUACUGUUUUUACUGCUUGGUCAAAGUCAAAGUAAGAGUCCCCAAUGUCAGCCAUAUUAGUUUUGAGGCAUACAUCUUUUUUACUAACCAAUCACAAGCAUUGUUCUAUAGUUCCUUUAUUAGGAAUGUUCAUCCAGCUGUCAUUACUGUAAAUCAUACUGUUUACCAAGGCACAGGACGAACAAACUCGCUGUUAGAAGUAUGCUAAGGCCUUAAGACUACCUAUAGAGACGUGGCCCAACCAGUGCCCAGGGCCCCCCAAAAAGGUCCAUAUUUGGGUUACACUCCAUCUUCAUUUGUGUUACAAUGGUUUGAACCAAACCGAAACCAUCUGAAAGCUCCUGAAAACCAUUUUCAGAACCACUGCCAAUUGCCAUAGUUGCGUUUUUGGCUUUUUUUUGCUACAAAUGUGUGGUUUUAGCCAAAACCCACUAUAUAAUUAAUAUAUUAAUUGGCCCAAUUGUGAAACAAUUGUAAAAAUGUACCAUAUGAAUCUGUUACAUAUAUGUACAAAUGUAAAAUGUGUAAAAUGCUGUAUAUAUAUACUAUUUAUUUUAUAAUAUUUUCUGUGUGCACACCUGAAAGUAUGUGAAUGUGAAAUGACUUCAGUCUGAAUUAAACAGACAGAUAUUAAUGAC